AAAGGAAAUGCGAAGAAAUGAAGACCAAAUUUGUGUUUAUUGUUUUCCCCAUGAACAACAUUCCCUGCAACCUCGCAUAUAUUUUAAGUAUUAUUGCACGUUUGAAUUACUGUUUAAAAUUUGUUUGCCUUCAUGUUGUUUGUCUAAGUGGAGUUGCCGUCCAUUUUUUCCCCUGCGGAGGUCACGUAUGCGUUUUGAAUACUCACAAGGAUCAGCGUCUGUUCGUGAGGCUGCCAUUUUAGCAACCUUACGAUUCAAUGCAUGAUGGCCAUGAAGGUGAUCCAGCUCAGCUCCAAAACACACCACCAGAAUAUCCUGAACACCCUGCACCACCUGAGGCUGCAGGGACACUUGAGUGACAUCACGGUCCGGGUUGACUACCAGGGCCACGCGCAGACCUUUCAGGCUCAUCGGGUGGUUCUCGCAGCUUCUAGCGAUUACUUCAGGAACAUCUUUCUAUCACUGGACGCCACCCCUGACCAGAUCACGCUCUCCAACAUGCAUCCAUGUGACUUUUCUGGCUUUUUGGAGUUUGUGUACACGGGUAAGGCGGAAGUGGCUCAGAGCAGGAUGGAGGACAUGCAAGCGGCCGCCAAGAUUUUGAAAUGUGAGGAGCUGGCCAGAGUUUGCGGCAUAAAUCAUACUACGCAGUCAGAUGUGGUAGAGGAGUCCUCACCAGCGACCGAGACUGGCAUAAAGAAGCCGCAAAAUAGUCAACUGCCUCCGGAGAGCUCUGAGUGCCUUUCUAAAAGAUCCAAAAGGAAGAGCACCAGACUCAAAUGGUGCAUCCCGAUUGAAGAUGAGGCAUUUAAUGCUGAAGAGGACAAUGACAACACCACAUAUGCAUCCUCACCUCACUUUGAUAAGGACACGCAGAGUCUAAACGACACCGAGGAAACAGUGCUGGUGUCCGGAGGCGAGGACGAUGAUGAGAGUGGCAUGGUGUCCAAGAGAACAUCCAAGACGACGUUUGUGUGCAGUGACUGUCAGCGGAGCUUCCACUACGAGCGGAGCUACCGGAAGCACGUGAGCGCCUGCCAGGCACUCAGAGGUGAGCUGGUCCAUCAAUGCGAGACCUGCAUGAAGACUUUCUCCAACCGCAGUAGCUUGAGGAUCCACGAGAAGCACGUUCACAGCAGCGAACGGCUCUUCACCUGCGAUGUCUGCGGCAAGACCUUCAAGCGCAAGAGGGAUGUGACCCGCCACCAAAAACUGGUGCAUGAUGGUCCACAUAUGCAGCAGUGUUCUGAAUGUGGCAAGUGGUUGAGGUCCAAAGCAUCGCUCAUGUUGCACAUGCGGAUACAUAACGGCAUCAAGAACUAUGUUUGCAUUAAGUGCGGUUCCCGCUUCAUCCAGAAGUCGGCUCUCAACGCGCACGAAAGGACCCACACGGAUGAGAAGCCCUUCGCCUGCAACCUCUGUCACGCCCGCUUCAAACAGAGAAACUCACUGGUCUAUCACAAACGCUCCCACAUGGGUGAGAAGCCUUUUAAGUGCAAGAUCUGCGGGAAGGGCUUCUCAGCCAAGGAGUACCUGCGCCACCACGCCAACGUCCACACGGGCGCCAAGCCGUUCAACUGUAAGUACUGCGGCCGCAGCUUCGGUCAGAGGAACUCGCUACGGCAGCAUUUGAUGGUGCACACAGGUGAACGUCCUUACGCCUGCAAUGACUGCGAUAAGCAUUUUACGCAGCUCAACGCCCUUCAGCGGCACCAGCGUAUCCAUACCGGCGAAAAGCCCUACAUGUGUGGGUUGUGCAACCGCACUUUCACCGACACGUCUACUCUUCGCCGUCACACCAAGAUUCAUGAUGCCAAUGCUCCGUGGAGGAACUACCUGGUCGUCUUGAAGGGUAAUGUGGAGAAGGAACCCAAAGCUCAAGACAACCUCGAGGCUCAGGUGGUAACGUCAGAUGGCAACGACUACAUCACUUUGGACAGACCUUUUUACAUGCCCGUGGAGCAAAUCUCCUCCGAUACCCCCAGCAUGUCAUCCCUGAUGGAAGAGGUCGCCUUGCAAACCAUUCUGGCCCCCCAAGAGCAGGCGGCGCAACCGAACAUUCUGACCGUGGUCGUGUCUGACAAGAUGUUUAAAAAAGUAUAAAUGUGGCAAAGGACACUGGGGAAUAAAGCAAAUGACAACCAAGCAAAUCCCUCUAAAAUCUAAAUAAAAUGUAAAAUAAACAUCCCAUUUAAUCUUAGCUGUAAUAAUUACAAUUUGUGGUUAUUUUAGCUUUUGUACAGAAAUCGUAGCUAACAGCCUGCAUAAAAACAAGUUGCAGAAACUACUCAAUGACUUUGUCAUGAAUACUAUGAACAUUUCUUUUAAAGUCACCCAGAAAGUACUGUUUUAAUGUGUUGUUUCUCAUUUUUUAUAGCCGUGUAUCACAAGUAGCCACAAGGUGGCGCAGAUUCCCCGCCGGAACGCUGAAGUGUUUCAGAGGAUUUGCGCCACUUUGUGGCUACACAAAGUCUUGCUGAUUGCCACGUGUGAAUUGAGAACUAAACGUAAAAUACAAAUACAAACAUAUCAACACAGCAAAUAUACUGCUUAAAUUAAUAUGUCAAGAAAGAG